GUGAAGAAACCCACAAAAACAGACGAGCGAAUUUCUCGUUUUCUUCUCGUUUCAAUCAUCAUCAACACCAACAGCCAUGGGCGGUUCUCACAGUCGGGAGGGUCUUGAAAUCUCUGACUCUGAAGAAGAGGAAGAAGAAAACGAAGAAGAAGCCGAAGAGAAGCAGAGAUCUUCCGAAGCCAAAACCAAAACCUUAGAUUCUCUCGAUGAAGUCGACGCCAAGCUCAAAUCCCUCAAGCUCAAAUACUCCUCCCCCCUCCCAAACCCUAACAUCAAGAACCCCAUCAAGCUCUUCCUUCACGUCGGCGGCCGCACUCCCAACGCCAAAUGGAUCACCUCCGACAAACUCACCUCCUACUCCUUCAUCAGAACCUCUCGAAUCGACGGCCGCGAUGACUCCGAAUCCGACGGCGACGAUAGCGACGCUGCCCCUUGGGUGCUAAAGAUCGGAUCCAAGGUCAGCGCCGUCGUCAGCACGUCGAUGCAGCUGAAGCCGUUCGACGAUCAACAUCGUGUUGAUUUCGUCAGUGAUGGUGUCUGGGCCGCGAAGUUCUUCUCGGAUGAGGACUACCGGAGAUUCAUCGGGGAGUAUCGGGACUGUCUGUUCGAGAAUACUUAUUGUCUUGAUGCUACGGAAGAGAACAAGGUCAAAGUUUAUGGGAAAGAUUUCAUUGGGUGGGCGAAGCCGGAAGAGGCGGAUGAUUCGGUUUGGGAGGAUGCUGAGGAUAGUUUCGGUAAGAGUCCUGCCUCGGUUACGCCGGCGAGGGAGAAUCAGGAUCUGAUGAAGGAGUUUGAGGAGGCGGCCUACGGCGGUGGGAUCCAGAGCUUGGCUUUGGGUGCGUUGGAUAACAGCUUCCUUGUAAGCGAUUCGGGUAUUCAGGUUGUAAGGAAUUUCAGCCAUGGGAUUCAUGGGAAAGGCGUGUGUGUGAAGUUUAACAAUGGAAAUGCGAGUCUCAAUUCCAGUUUGGGGCAUUCGGCCCCGAAGAAGGCCCUCUUGAUGAAGGCUGAGACAAACAUGCUCCUGAUGAGCCCGGCAAAUGCGGGGAAAACCCACUCGACUGGGCUCCAUCAGCUUGACAUUGAAACUGGGAAGGUCGUUACAGAAUGGAGAUUUGAGAAGGAUGGGACUGAUAUUACCAUGAGGGACAUAACGAACGAUAGCAAGGGUUCGCAGCUGGACCCUUCGGAGUCGACGUUCUUGGGAUUGGAUGAUAACCGGCUGUGCAGGUGGGACAUGCGUGAUCGGAAAGGGAUAGUCCAGAACCUGGCAGCUGCAGAUACCCCAGUUCUGCAUUGGGCCCAAGGGCAUCAGUUCUCAAGAGGGACGAACUUCCAAUGUUUUGCAACAACUGGUGACGGGUCAAUUGUCGUUGGGUCCAUUGAUGGGAAGAUCCGGUUAUAUUCAAAGACUUCGAUGAGAGCGGCAAAGACUGCAUUUCCAGGGCUCGGGUCACCUAUAACCCAUGUGGAUGUUACUUUUGAUGGGAAGUGGAUAUUGGGCACGACAGACACAUAUCUUAUCCUCAUCUGCACUCUGUUCACUGACAAAGAUGGGAAGUCGAAGACGGGUUUCAGCGGCCGUAUGGGGAACAGGAUUGCGGCUCCAAGGUUGUUGAAGCUGACUCCUUUGGAUUCACAUCUGGCUGGGGUGAACAAUAAAUUCCAUGGAGGGCAGUUCUCAUGGGUCACAGAAAAUGGGAAGCAGGAGCGCCAUCUUGUAGCGACUGUUGGUAAGUUCAGCAUCAUAUGGAAUUUCCAGCAAGUGAAGAAUAGCAGCCAUGAGUGCUAUCAGAACCAGCAAGGCCUAAAGAGCUGCUACUGCUACAAGAUUGUUCUCAAGGAUGAAUCGAUCGUCGACAGCCGCUUCAUGCACGACAAGUUUGCUGUCAGUGAUUCUCCAGAGGCUCCGCUGGUGGUUGCGACGCCAAUGAAGGUUAGCUCUUUCAGUAUAUCUAGCAGGCGGUAACACAGUUUCUGCCGAAAUGUGCCAAGUCACGAUGCUUGAUAUGUAUUAUGGACAAUGCAGUUGUUAGAUUAGUAAAAUGGUGGAUACUUUUAAAUGAUUUGUAUCUUGAUCAUGGCCUCUGCUUGUGAGGAUGUAGGAUCUUCUUUGUACUAGUUUGGCUAGUGCUCUUCCUGAAUGUAAGAGCGGAUGCAUGCUGGCCCGUUGGAUUGGUUUAAACAUUAGAAAUGCGAUUAUGAUGGCCGCCUUGUGGGUCACUCCCAUAGGCGCCAUUGGCUUUUA